ACAAACAAAGGCAACCCAACUGAUUGGAACUGUUGAUGCAAAAUGUCAAGCACCACAGGUAGCCCAGCAGAAUGMUACACAGUAUCAAGCAACACAGGAAACCCAGCAAAAUAUUACCCAAGUAUCAAACACCACAACACAGUGACAAAUAAACAUGUGGAAUAUUCCACAGGGAGCCCAAACAAAGUCAACAGGCAUCACGUGACCGAGCAAAUAUUUAUCAACAUAAUGGCGGUGCACAUUUCCCGGGAGUUUUGAGUUUCAUCAAAGUUGUUUCCAAGUUCUAGGCUUUCGUACGUGAAUUGAACGUGAUUUUUGCGAAAUACUUUGCAGCAAUGUUCACCUUGAAUGAACUACCAUCAUUUUCUGAGCCGUGGAAUUUCAGUGAUGUUGUAUUGAAGGUCGAAGAAGAGCAUUUCCACGUUCAUCGAGCUAUUCUUGCUAUGAAUUCACCGGUCUUCAAGACCAUGUUUCAGUCAGAGUUCAAAGAGUCAAGCAUGGAGGAGAUUCCUUUACCAGGAAAAAAGGCUGACAGGGUCUAUGAUUUUCUUUGCAUGCUUUAUCCUUUUCCUAUACAGAUGUCAGAGAACCAUGAUAUCAAGAGUCUUCUAGAGAUGGCACGCGAAUAUCAAGUUCAUAAAUUAACACAAAGUUGUGAGGAAAGGUUGUUACAGAAGCAAAGCUCUGUAGAUUUAAUCCUUCUUGCUCAAGAAUUCUCCCUAAAGAAACUUCUUGAAAAGUGCUUGAACUCACUCAGCAGAAUGCAUCUACAAGAACUUAAAACACACCCGAAGUUCGAGGAUAUUGAGACAGACCACCUCGUGAGUUUGCUGACCAACAAUAUCCGCUGGCUCAAAGAACAGCAUAACAGAGAAAUCCGUCAACUGAAGGAACAGAACAUUCGAGAGAAAUCCCAGGCCGUGGCCAAAGUCAACGAACUGAAUGAAUGUUGGGGAUAUAAUAAACUGCCGAUGCGGGGCUGCGCAUGUGCAUCCUAUACCAAGUCAUGUGAUAUCUGUAAUGCGGUGCUAGAGAAAUAUGUUAAAACAAAAUGCGGUGAGAUUAUCGAGGUUUUAACGUCGGGUUCUUCGUAAAAAUAACUGUUUUAAUAAAGUUAGUCUAAGUAGUCCUAAUAUGAUAGUAUAAGAGUGAAGGGACACCCUAGGUCACAGGUUGAGAAGAUGCACGCAGUAAAGUAGUUUGAGGUACGCCUGAUCGCGAACUCAAGACACGACGCACAAAGUGAACAUGCGUUGAAACUUGUCACCAUAUAGUCUCCUAUGCAACUGCUAUUUGCGUUGUCACAAUGGGAGUAAGCGUUGCGUGAUGACACUGCGUAGGAGAAUAGUCACCAGAGUGAGUUUUCUAAGCCUGCAGUCAGUGUUAUUAACGUCAGAAAACGGGCGUUUGCAGAAGAAUCCAUAUAAUUUUCUUAACUCUAGCCAGACCGUCUGUAUGAAAAACAGGAAGAAAGGAAGCUGUUGAGAACUCGAUAUCUCGAUAAAAUAGCAAACUCCUCCAAUGAUAAAUAGAUAGCUAAUAAUACUUUAAUUAGAGGAACGUUUCCUAGAUUUUUAAGAGUAAAGGCUAGCAAAAAGUUUUUUUU